GCAAAAGUGAGAUCUCAGUACAUGCAGGUAAGGUGUGCUGCGCAUGUUCUUGCGCUUGUUGUCAAAGAUGCUGUGCUGUUGUAUCACAAGUCCAUUGGAAGGAUCAGAUCAGUUAUCAAGUUUGUUACCGGCUCUCCCUCUAGGUUGGCCAAAUUCAAGGAAUGUGCUGCUCUCGAGAAGAUUGAUUGUAAGAAGAUGGUUUUCCUAGAUGUGAAGACCAGGUGGAAUGCUACGUAUCUGAUGCUUGAUGCUGCCAUUCCUUAUGAAAAAGUCUUUAAGAGGUUAGAAAGAGAAGAUAGGAGCUUUCGAGAUAAGUAUAUUUUCAAAGAAUCUGAAUGUGAAGCUUUGCCUAAUACUGAUGCUGAUAUUGUUGUAAUUGAUAAUGAAGAAUAUUAUCAUAGUUCAUCUAGUGAAUCUGAAUGUGAAGUAGAUGUGUCUAAAAAGAAUAAUACUAAGAAAAAGAACAAACCUCAUCGUCAUCAUGCUCCAUAUGCUGCAGACUGGUCAUAUGCUAGGUGUCUUGUUAAGUGUUUGAAAAUCUUCUUUGAUGUUACUGUUAGGUUCUCAGCUUCAGUUCAGGUUACUUCACAUGAAUUUUUUGGCAGUUGGCAUUGAUACAUGAACAGUUGGUUCGUCUUAGAGCUAUAGGAAACCGAGAUCCUCAUAUUUCUAAGAUGGCAGAAAUGAUGUUUAAAAAGUACAACGCAUAUUGGGGGGAUUAUGAAGAUAUGAACUCUGUGAUGUAUUUUGCUAAGUUGCUUGAUCCUCGAGAGAAAGAAUCUGGUUUGAAAUUUGAUCUUGAAUGUUUGUAUGAGCAAGAUGAUUUUAGGGUUACGACUGUUUUGAAAGCUGUGAAACAAGAUAUGGGAAAACUUUAUGAUGAGUACAACAACAUGUAUUCAAAUGCCAAUGCAGAGGAAGGUACUGGCUCAACAUCUGCUGCUGGUGUUGAUGACAUGGUUGUUUGUGUGCAAGAAGAGAACAUUGAGGAUAUGCUUGAGUCGAGGAAGAAAA